AUGGUUGUCCCAGAGUCACAAGAAGCGCAACUGUCCCCAAGUGGCUCUGUGGGCAGAGGUACCAGCCAACAGCACGGAUCCAACCCGUCCCCAUCUCAAAACUAUGGAAGUCCACAACCUUUUAGCUCUAAUGGGAAUAUUUCACCGGCCAACACCAGUCUCCAUUAUGAGCCACAGGAGACAGACUUUCUGCUCCCAAAUCACCUGUAUGGUAGUUCAAGGUUCAGUGGAUCCACGAGAGCAAAAGAUGCAGGUGGCUCCGGUGCACCUACUGAGCCAGUCUGUUCUAUGGUGCUUCAGAUCCUGGUGCCGUUUAUGCUUGCCGGGCUCGGGACCAUCUCUGCUGGGAUGCUGCUUGAAGUGGUUCAGAACUGGGACGUGUUCCAGGAAAUCACAGAGAUCUUCAUCCUGGUCCCUGCGGUGUUAGGCAUGAAGGGGAACCUGGAAAUGACUCUGGCCUCAAGAUUCUCGACUGCUGUGAAUGCCGGAAAAAUGGAACCUGCCAGAGAAAAGUGGUUGUUGAUCGGUGGGAACCUGGCGCUUAAGCAGCUUCAAGCCACAGUGCUCGGACUGUUAGCCUCUUUGAUGGCGUCUUUGCUGGGCUGGAUGGCGGAAGGAAAGGUGCCCUUACACCAUGUGAUGCUCCUGUGUUCAACCAGUAUUUCAACCGCCUUCAUGGCGUCAUUGCUGCAAGGUAUUAUUAUGGUGGGAGUGAUCAUUGGCUCCAAGCGAAUGGGAAUCAACCCUGACAACGUGGCCACACCUAUGGCUGCCAGCUUUGGGGAUCUCAUUAGUCUUGCCUUGUUGGCCUGCUUCAGUCAGUGGUUCUACUCCCUCAUAGAUCUGUAUCCAUACGUGUUGUACCUGGUGGACUUGCUAUUUUUGUGCCUGGUUCCUCUUUGGGUGGUCAUCUCCUCCAAACAUCCAGCCAGUCACGUCCUGCUCCGCACAGGCUGGGAACCAAUCAUUACAGCAAUGGCCAUCAGCAGUAUUGGAGGACUUAUUCUGGACAAGACUGUGUCAAAUCCAAACCUUGCAGGGAUUAUAGUUUAUGCUCCAGUCAUAAAUGGUAUUGGAGGAAACCUCGUCUCCAUACAGUCUAGUCGUAUUUCUACUCAUUUGCAUUUGAAUUACUCACCUGGAGAGGUUCCUGAAGACCGUAAGGGCUGCUACAGCCCAGGCCACACUUUCUUUGGCUCAGGAGCAAAUCAUCGAUCUGCCCGGGUUCUGCUUCUUUUGGUGAUUCCUGGUCAGCUCAUCUUCUUACACGUUAUCCACCUGAUGAAAGGAGGCCAGACUUUGCCCAGUCCUCUCCUGACUGUCACCUUCUUGUCUGCUUGCCUCAUUCAGGUCUUUUCCCUGCUGUGUGCAGCUGACUGUAUGGUCCACUGUCUAUGGCGGAGGGGUAAAGACCCCGACAGUUACUCGAUACCCUACCUCACAGCCCUCGGAGACCUACUAGGAACUGUUCUCCUCGCUCUUGCUUUUGUCGUGCUGUGGUCCAUCGGUGACUCAGGCAGUGUGUAG